UACAGACAAUCAUUAGACAACCUGUAGUCAGAAUAUUUUCUCUCUGAAAAUGGCUUGUCGUGUUGCAGGCCUUGUACGAAAAUUUGCCAGUGGAAAUAAGGGCUCGCUAUCUCCUCUCUACUAUGCCAUAACUCGGGCAAUGCCAAUCUGCCAUCAGAGGAGUUUCACUUCCACUGCAAGGUGCCAGGACAGCAAAGCAAACUCUGGAUCUUCAGAAGACACUCUUACAGUUAAUUUCCUUAACCGUGAUGGUGAGACAUUGACCGCCACGACCAAAGAGGGAGAAAGUCUUUUGGAAGUGGUGAUCCGCCACCGCCUGAACAUUGAUGGCUUUGGUGCUUGUGAGGGGACACUAGCCUGUUCUACCUGUCAUGUCAUAUUUGAUCAAAAAGUCUUUGACCAGUUGGACCCAAUUUCUAAUGACGAGAUGGAUAUGCUGGAUUUGGCCUUUGGUUUGACUGACAUGUCCCGUCUUGGUUGCCAAGUUUGUAUGAAUAAGUCCUUAGAUGGAAUGACAGUUCGAGUCCCGAAGGACAUAUCCGAUGUCAGACAAGAUGUAGAGAUGGCAAAACAAAAUAAACAAUGACGUGCUUGAGAAAUUAUCUGCUGGAUGAGUGUAGAUAUUUUUGUGUGGCACUGGGGGGAAGGGGACCUAAUGGCAAAAACGUAGAGAGCAAGAUAACUCCAAAGUACUGUCAUUGACACAGCAUUAUGUGAAGUUAAUCACGUGUUCAUGGUGGAUACUGCAUGAUAGUUCCACGUAAACGUCAUAUAUGGGAUUUACACAAUGAUCACCACUUGGAAACAGUCACUCCGCAGUUGGUUACCCUGAUAAUAUUUGAUGGCAUGACUGUUUUGCUAAACAUUUUUGAGAACUUUGUGCCUGCUUGGAAUAUAUCUAUGUUACAUAGUACUUGUAAUACGUUGCAUACAAACUUAAGUUUAUGUGUAUGCAAAAAAUUUGAUAUUUUCAAAAUAUGUCAUAUACAAAUAUAUGUAAGGUUUUGUUA